CAAGCCGGGAAUUUAACGUUCUCUUGACUUGAAUUUGAGCCAAACGCUGCCUGAAAGCUCGGGGUUUGCAUCUCGUCCAUCAUAUAUGCUUCCUGAGCCUUCCGUAGACACCUCCUAAAUCGUGACUUAAUCUACUAACUUCAACCUUUCAGUACUCGUUAUACAAGUCAACUUUUCCAAAUGUUCGGGCUAUACGAAAAUUAUGACCCUUCUUCACCCCCCGAUCCUGCCAAACUCAUACUCAGACCCGAAGAGUGUCAAACUCUUACCCUCCCUGACAAGCGCAACCUAGGCUUCGCAGCCUAUGGUUCUACAACACUCUCUGAUCCGGUAAUAUUCUUAUUUCACGGUCUUCCAGGGUGUCGCCUGGUUGGUCGUGGCUGGAAUAAGCUCUGCAAGACAAUAGGUGCUCGCCUCAUCACCAUCGAUCGACCCGGCUGCGGACUUUCGACACUUGCCGAGAGAGGACUCACUGAGUGGCCUGAAGAUGUUGUGAGCCUUGCAGAUCAUCUUGGAAUUAGGCGGUUCAGUGUAGUCGGGGCCAGUGGAGGCGGGCCCUUCGCCUUGGCUUGCGCACGUUUUAUUCCUAAAGAGAGGCUUCGAGGCACAACUGUCGUAUGCGGUAUUGGGUCCAUGGAAAGCCUACCCGACACAGUCCCAUACCUUUCUUGGCAGUUGAUGGGCAUCACCCCGUGGGCCCUGAAGCUCGUGGCCCGCUAUGUUAUCCUCCCCUCUCUUGUCCGCCCUUACCUCACUAGAGACCCCUCGCGCCUCAAACGCGUUCUGGAGGACCAGUGCACAACUCCGGAAGAAAAAGCACAGAUCAUGGAAGAUGACGAUAGUGAGACCAAUCUUGACGAUGCUGUCGCAGGACUCCUCGAGGCUUUCAAACAGGGCACUGGGGGUUGUAUGCUGGAUGGAACCGUGCUUGCAAGCAACUGGGGAUUCGAUUUGGGAGAUGUGGAUAGUGAUAAGGUAUGGUUGGUUCAUGGGGAUCAGGAUAUUCAGGCACCAUUAAAGAUGAUGCAGUGGAUACACGAAAGAUUGGGCGGGGGAAGGUUGAGGGUUCUGGAAGGGAAGACACAUUUCACCAUUUGGAAAGAUCAUUCAGAGGAGAUUUUUCGGCAAAGUGCAGAAGCUUAGAACUGGAAACGUUGUACGGAAGCAAACAACCUCUUCGCCGUUCUAUUGUAUACUUUCUCUCUGACUUCAUUGCUCAAUUUAUUCUUUACUGGGGCUAAAUCAUGUCCUAGAAUAGUCACCUCAAGCGCAUGAGGAUAAUCACUACCAUAGAAUACUCCUGUCCGCA